AUGUUAAAGAGACUACGACCAUACAAAUUCAUAAGAUAUGAGUUAGCAAGGGCGUACAGAUAUUCAUCGAGUUUUCCAAAAAUACGACAGCAGCAAAAGGUAUCAAGCUUACUUAAAUAUUUCAAAAAGACAAAACGAAGGUCAGACCUAAAUGAUCCAACUCAUCCAAGUAAUGUGUUAUAUUUAGAAAUCUGUGAUUUUUUGAAAUCUUAUUCUAAGCAAGUGAAUCUAAAUAUAACAGAUCAAGAAGUUCAUAAUUCGUAUGAUAUUAUUAAAUCCUUUUUACCAUUUCAAAGAAAAGACCAUAUAAUUUCAAAUGUUAAAAUAAGUGGAAUUUCACAUAAUGGAGAUGGAAUAGCCAUAAUUCCUAAAUCUAUUUACGCGUCUGAAUACUUAGACUCGGACUCUGUUUUAGGUAAAUAUACAGUUUUAAUGGUACCAAAGACUAUCGUUGGGGAUAAAAUCAAAGUUCUAUUGAAAAUGCAUUAUGAAUUCUAUGCGGAGGGUGAAUUAAUUGAAAUUUUGAACAAAAGUUCUUCAAGAGAAAGAAACAUUUUAUGUGAACAUUUUCAAGAGUGUAAUGGUUGUCAAUUACAAAUGUCAUCAUAUUCAGAUCAAUUAAUAUUUAAACAAAAUACAAUAAAGAAAGCAUUUGAUUACUUUCAUCCACUGUUGAAAGUUGAAAACGAUUUUGGUGCGGUCAUUCCAUCACCUUUACAAUACUCAUACAGAACAAAAAUCACUCCGCAUUUUGAAAGCAACGGUGAUGAAUGUACCAAAUUGGGAUAUAAACAUGUGAACAAUAGAGGCAAGAUAGAUGUUGAGCAUUGUUCUAUCGCGACGAUAGAAUUAAAUGAUAAAUUAAAAGAAGUUCGGAAAAAGUACAUGGGAAACAAAAGCAUGAGGCAAUUAACUUUAAGACAAAGUUUAAGAAUCAACAAAGACACUGGUGAGUUUCACGAAAUCGCGUUGGAAGGACCUAAGGAGGUCGUGACCGAAAAGGUUGAAGGUUUUGUUUAUCAAUUUGACUCAAGUUGCUUCUUUCAAAAUAAUAAUGCAAUUUUACCCUCUGUAUUGGAUUACAUUAGGUUUCAUAUCGACCAGUUAAAUGUACCAGUGAAAAAUGUAGUUGACACUUAUUGUGGAGUUGGAUUUUUCGGAAUUGCUUUGUCAAAUUUGAGUAGCGAUAUAAAUAUUUUUGGAAUUGAAAUUAGCGAAUCUAGUAUAAAGUAUGCUAAUCAUAAUUCGAAAAUAAAUGGUCUUGAUCCGGACAGAACGAAGUUCAUAUUAGGUGAUGCAUCAAACAUUUUCAACAAUGAAGAAUUUCGGAGAAGUAAUAUUAAAGGAGAUGGAAGUGUUGUUAUUAUAGACCCGUCAAGAAAAGGCUCAGAUUCAACAUUUUUAAAACAGUUAUUAGACUUUGAACCCGAAAUGAUUGUAUAUAUAAGUUGUAACGUAUUUACACAAGCUAGAGAUUUAUCAACUUUUGAAAACUUGCAAGGAGAUCAUAAAAAAUACGAUAUUGUUGAUGUCAAGGGGUUCGACUUUUUCCCACAAACUAAGCAUGUGGAGUCUGUAGCUAUCUUAAAAAAAUGUAAAUAA